AUGAUUUAUUUUCUUUCGCCAGCUGAUACUUUUUUAUCUUCUCUUUCUCUUUUCUCUCUCCCUCUAUCAAUCUAUCUUCUCUCUUCAAAAUCCCUUUCAUCACCUUUCUCCCUCUUCCCUCUACUCCCUUCUCUUCACUCUAUCACUUCUCACUGUCUUCUCUUUUUCUCUUUUCUCCCUCUCUCUCUCUCUCCACAAUCUCUUCCUUCUCUUUUCCCUCUCUUCUAUCACUCCUUUCUCUUCUUUCUUUCUUCUUACACUCACUUCUGUUCUCUCUCUCUUCUCACUCUCUCUUUAUGCUCUGAUAUUCCUAACAAUUUACACAGAGAUUCCACACCUCAACUGGUAAUGAUCACAUUCGAUGACGCCGUCACCCGUGAUUCGUAUAACCUCUACCGACAGUUAAUAUCAGGAAUAGUCAAUCCGAACGGGUGUCCUAUCAGCGGUACGUUUUUUGUGUCACACGAAUUUACCGAUUACUGGACUAUUCAACAACUACACGCUCAAGGUCACGAAAUAGCCAGCCACUCCAUCACUCACCGUUACCCUCCAACUUGGUGGAAAACCGCCAACUACACCGACUGGUAUUCUGAAAUCCAAGGUCAACGCGAAAUGCUCUCAACUUGGGCGAACGUAGACAAGUCUGAAAUUCGGGGUAUGCGGGCCCCGUUUCUUCAGGCCGGGGGUAACUGGCAAUUUCAAGUUAUAGCUGACAUGAAAAAAGAUGGCUUCCAAUACGAUUCGUCUCUCGUCUCUUAUAUUCAUAAAUUCGACCCGUACCCUGAUCCAAUAUGGCCGUAUACACUAGAUUAUCCGACAACGGAUGACUGUGGAAUUGAUCCUUGCCCUGAUUGGACGUUCCGCGGUAUCUGGGAGAGCACCAUUUGGCUUGUUCAUGCACGCACCUUGGUUGAAAAAGCCGUCAAAUUUCAAGGCUGUGAGAAGGUUCCUCCAGGACGUCUCUUCACGGGGAAAUGUCUGGUUUGUUUCGGCAUCACAAGUCCUGGGAUGGAUGAAACAGCCGACAGAGAUCCAAAAACUGGACACUUUCGAGCCGUUCAACUGUUGGACCAGACCGAAUUUCUGGGCUUGCUCAGAUGA